CCCCCAGCACCAGCAGCAGCAGCAGCAGCAGCAGCAGCAGCAGCAGCAGCAGCAGCAGCAGCAGCAGCAGCAGCAGCAGCAGCAGGUGUGUGCUGCAGGCCUUCCUGGCAAGGGCGAGAAGCUGUUGGGCCUGGACUCUUCUUACGGCGCGCAGGCCGUUGGGGCUCAGAGCUUUUUGCCCAUUCAGUUGGGGCUUUGCGCCGCGCGCCGGGCGGCGUCGGACCCGAGCAGGUGGAUUUUGACCCCCGCCAGCAUUUACCUCUUCCCCAACCAGCCCCGCCUCUUCCAGGAAGAGGAGGAGGAAAGGACAGCUUUGCUUCAGCGAAUGGAAGAGCUGCGCCGACUUAAAGACAAAUCCGCGCAAAGCCCUGCAACAGAUUCUGCUGCUUCGAAUUUAUUUCCCUUUCCCGAAUACACCGACGAGGAAACGCAGCAGCUUUUUGCUUCCGCCAAACUCGCGAUUAACAACUGGCUGAAGUGCAGCAGCAGCAGCAGCAGCAGCAGCAGCAGCAGCAGCAGGAGAGGGGGGGCCCCUCGAGCUGAGUGCGCGGGAGGUGUAUUCGGAAGAGUUGGGGGACUUGGCAGCAGCUUUGGAAAGGCUGAAGGGGCAAAGAGGCUGUCGGGAAUUAUUGGAAAUAAUAAUUGA